CUGGGUUAAAAAGAAGUCAAGGGUGGCAUACCACCUCAACUGCAGACUACAGGUGUAUGAAUGACUGAGAAUACCUCCGUUUCUGCGGGCCCAUCGCAAAAUGAAGAAAUACAGUUUGGAUUACUUCAAGGGUUUUAUAUUUAGAAACUCCAACGCAAACGAAACGGAUAAGGAUGUUUCUGAGGGGCCCGACCCUCCUGUCAGCAGUACGGAUGAGAACCUGGAGAGAGGAAACUGGGCCAAUAAGAGGGAGUAUAUGUUGUCCAUGGUCGGAUACGCCGUCGGCCUUGGAAACGUGUGGCGAUUCCCGUAUUUGACGUACAAAAAUGGAGGAGGAGCCUUCCUCAUCCCGUACUUCAUCAUGCUGGCGGUGGCUGGCAUCCCCCUCUUCUUCAUGGAGUGUUCCUUAGGCCAGUUCUCCAGCCAAGGCCCCAUCACGGUGUGGAAAGUGGUGCCAAUUCUGCAAGGUGUGGGGGUAACGAUGGUGCUGGUCAGCACUCUGGUGGCAAUCUACUACAACGUCAUUGUGGCGUACAGCAUUUACUAUCUGUGUGCGUCCUUCCAGUCGCCCCUGCCCUGGAGCGGCUGCUUCUCCUGGUCAGACGCAAACUGCGGUGUCACUCCUAAAGAGUUCUGCAAUGUCACCUCUGAGAAUGGGACUGCCACGAUGGUGAACGCCACCUGGUUAACAGACAACAAUGAAACCUGCCCUGCAGCAGACAUCGUAUCCAUACCGAUGCAGAGCCCCAGUGAGCAGUAUUGGGACUUGGUGGCGCUGCAGCGCUCGGAGGGCAUGGAGGAGGCGGGGGAGGUGGUGUGGUACCUGGCCCUGUCUCUGCUUCUGGGCUGGCUGCUGAUUGGGGCUUCUCUCUUCAAAGGCAUCAAGUCCUCAGGGAAGGUGGUGUACUUCACGGCCACCUUCCCCUACGUGGUCCUCCUGAUCCUGCUGAUCCGAGGAGUCACUCUGGAGGGGUCCAGAGAGGGGAUCGAGUAUUACAUCGGCACCCAGUCUAACCUGACCAAGCUCGCCGAAGCAGAGGUGUGGAAAGAUGCAGCUGCUCAGAUCUUCUACUCCCUGUCCAUUGCGUGGGGUGGCGUCAUGACCCUGGCAUCCUACAACAAGUUUGAGAACAACUGCUACAAGGACUCCAUCAUCGUGUGCCUGACCAACUGUGGCACCAGCGUCUUCGCUGGCUUCGCCAUCUUCUCCAUCCUGGGUCACAUGGCUCAUGUGUCUGGGAAGCCGGUGUCAGAGGUCGCCCAGGCCGGGUUUGGUUUGGCUUUCAUCGCCUACCCUGAUGCUCUCUCCAAACUGCCGGUGUCUCCGCUGUGGUCCAUCCUCUUCUUCUUCAUGCUGCUGACCCUUGGCCUGGACUCUCAGUUUGCCAGCAUCGAAGUCAUCACCACCUCGCUGCAGGACACUUUCCCCAGUGUGUUCAAGUCCAAAGGGAGCCAGCUGACUGUGGUGACCUGCAUGGUCCUCUUCCUUCUGGGCCUGCCCUGCGUCACUAGAUCAGGAAUAUACUGGGUAACACUGAUGGAUCAUUUCUGUGGCGGGUGGGUUCUUCUUGUUGCCGCAAUACUGGAGCUCUUUGGCCUGUGCUAUAUCUACGGAGGGAACCGGUUCAUCAAAGACAUUGAGAUGAUGAUUGGAAAGAAGACCUCGUGGUUCUGGCUCUGGUGGAGGUCGUGCUGGUUCUUCAUUUCUCCCUGCGUCCUCAUAGUCAUCCUGGCCUGGUCCCUGCUGACCUUCUCCAUCCCCACCUACGGCUCCGUGGCGUACCCCCCGUGGGGCGUGUCCCUGGGCUGGUGCAUGACGGCCUUCUGCCUGGUCUGGAUCCCCGUCUGCGCAGUCUGGAAGGUGCUGCAGGCCAAGGGCAGCCUGUGGCAGCGUGUUAAAACAGCUUGCUCCUGCACUGAGGACUGGGGGCCUUUCCUGGAAUGCCACUGGGGGGAGCGGUACCAGAAGAAGCAGUGCUAUUGGAGGAAGGGCUCCCUGUCCCAGCCCAACAAGGACGCCUGCGUCAUCACAAAUAUACACAGCGUCAAGCUGUGACCUCACUAUUUCAACUCCAUUUUAAAGCGUAUAAAAUGAGGGUAAGAUGGUGUUAGAGUGCAUGCGAGUGUGUGUGGGAAGAGAGAAAUCUGCAUGCAAAGUGCUGACAAUAACUCCAAAUGGUCUCUCUCUAAAGCUAUGGGUAGCUUCAAAAUGUCACCCAAAGUAUAUUAAUCAACCUAAAGCUGGACUAUGUUUCUCUUGUGAAGAGAUUAGGUUCUCUCUCAUGCUGAAAGUUAAUUAGUUUUAAAUAGUUUUCAAUAUUUUUGUUUUUUUUCUCUUUUAUAUAGAUUUUUAUUGUGCGCAACUGUAAGCCAUCUUUCUGCACAGGGUAAAUAUGGGUUUAGCCAUUUUUAAUGAAGAUGCCAAGUUUGUAUAUAAUUGCUAUUUAAACGUUGUGCGACAUUCCGCAUAUACGAGGUGUGGCUUUUAAAUAAUGAGACUAAUGCUGUAAUUCAAUUUUAAUGAAGAAAACUUACAUUUCAAUUCCUUUCCCCUUCAAUAUAUUCCCCUUCUGCAACUACACACCGCUGCAUUCUGGUCUUCCACUGAUCAAAGCAAUGCAGUAGGUCUUCUUCCGUUAGUUGUCUCAGAAGCUUUUUUUUUCAUUUUCUUCUUCACUUCUGGAGCAGACUCGAAACGGGUUCCCUUAGGGAAAAGUACUUGACCACCCUCCCUGUUCACCUGAUCGAGCACCAUGCAACUUUUUUAUUUUCCCUAAAAUCAAGUCUGCACCCAAGGGAACCCGUUUUGAGUCUGCUCCAGAAGUGAAGAAGAAAAUGACGGAGCUUCUGAGACAACUAACGGAAGAAGGCCUACUGCACUGCUUUGAUCAGUGGAAGUCCAGAAUGCAGCGGUGUGUAGUUGCAGAAGGGGAAUAUAUUGAAGGGGAAAGGAAUUGAAAUGUAAGUUUUCUUCAUUAAAAUUGAAUUACAGCAUUAGUCGCAUUGACUACAAGGCGUGGCUAUUAAAUAUUCCCCAUUUUUCCAUUUCAUGCAUGUUGUGUGUAUCAAGAACAUUUGUUGUCUUGUCUUAAGAUGUUUCUGACCAUUGAAAUAAUUUUUUUGUCUUUCUUCUUGGUCAAAUAUACUCAGGAUUAAUUUUUUAGAUAUGCCUAACUUGCUAAUAGGCAAGUAUAAUUUAGCACAUGUAUUGAUUCAAGCACAAACAUACAGUAGCAUGUUUAAUAAAACUUAAAGCACAAAUGGAAUCUU